UUUAAGGCUUCUGCAUCAAAUGCUGAUCACGCUCUUCAGUGAAGCGUGUCUGCGUCACCCCUUCUUCUCGCAAGCUCUCUUUACAGACUGACCUCUCAUUCGCAGCUUGUUCCAAACUUGAUGGAUUCAAUGCGCAGACUCCUCUUCACAGCUCUUCUCAUUCUUGCAGCUGCCAUUGAUGGCACCCGAGGAGAUGCCAUGGUCACAGGCACCGUCAUCUGUGACCAGUGCAAGGAUGGUCGGAUGUCCAUCUUUGAUUACCCCAUUUACGGGAUUAAGGUUAUGGUGGCGUGCACCAAUAGCGACGGCCAAGUCACGAUGUCGAGAGAAGAGACCACCAACUGGUUCGGGAACUACGGCAUGAGGUUCGAAGGGACUCCCGACCUGAGCAGUUGCCAUGCACAAGUGAUGGGAGGGAGCGGUCAGGGUUCCAUGGGAUGUUCCGCAUCGGCCAGUCCUGCGCAGCCGCUUAGGCUCACGUUCCAGAUGUUCAACAUGGAGUUCUAUUCCGUGGACACCUUGCUCUCUCAGCCCGCACAGCCCAUGUCCUUCUGCCCACAGUCUCCCGCACCAGUCACGCCGACCGUGCCAUCACCACCGGUCUUCAAGCCCCCUCCCUCGGCACCAACACCAGCGCCACCUGCCUUCAGGUUCCCUCCAAUGCUGCCACUGCCGCCCGCCUUCAGGCUCCCUCCCAUGCCACCACUGCCGCCUGCCCCUUUCUUGGAAGCUUCAGCUUGCGCAAAUGAAAAAUGGAUGAUGUCGGAAUACAAGUGUUACUGGAGGGCGGUCAACCCGGACACCAAGGUGGCUCUCGUCUUCGGCUUGACGGCGGCUCGGAGGUACGGCACUGAUCUGACGCUGUGGCAGGGCCUCCAGGGCCGGGGUGACCCGUACAGGACCCUCCUGAGGGAGGCUACCACCGCGCUUCUCAACUCCUACAGCAGCAUUCAGUUCCCUUAUCACACCCUCGGCGUGCUCCAGCACAUGAACUCGGCCCUGAUGGGCUCGACACAGAACGUCCUCCUCACAGCGCUGCGCUUCAGGAGGGCCAACUUGGGUUAUGGCACCACUACCUGCAAAUUCACCACUUGCAAGUGAUCGCAAUGUAUCCAUCCAUUGCUAUAUGGAUGGGAUUUGGAUCUUGCCUUGCCGAGAUCUUAUUAGACGCUAGAAAUAUUUUGCAGGGCUAUUUUAUGCCUGUGCUACUAUGCCAUGCUCUGUGCCACAGGAGAUCUUCAUACUCUAGUGUACUGGUAUUUUCCUGAUUUGGAGCGAAUAAGAGUUAUUCUGGACCACGAUUUGUAGUUCAUAUAUUUAUUAGGAAUGCAUUAUCUUUGAAGUCGAA